AUAGAUGGGAAAAGUGAAAGGAGGAAUGUUGGUUAAUUAGAGAAUGUUUAAUUGGAAUAAUUCCAAACAAUGAAAAUUUAAUCAUGAAAAUUGAGUUAAUAUCAAUAACAUUCUGAUAAUAUAACAUCAUUACUGUAUUAAUGGAUAAGGAUGGGAGUAUUCUCCACUCUGCUAUGAUUUAUUAAUAAAGUUUUACUUAUAAAGGAGCAAAUGGUUUAGUAGCUGAGACUGUAUAAACAGUAGGUACAGUUUAUUAUGGUGCUCUAACUAGAGGUUAAACAUAUUAAAUAAUUUAUGGUUAUGGUAUUGAUUAUUAUAUUGCAGGUUGAGUCACAGUAAUUUAUGGUUCUUAUUUAGGAGAUACCAUUUUUAUUGGACUUUCUUAAUAAUAAACUAAAGGUUAAGGAGGUUCUGCUUUGCUAAUAAUAAUAGGUUAUGGCUAAGAUUAAGGUUAUGGUGGUGUAAUUGGUAAAGUUUAUACUUAAGGUUGAAUAUAUUAAUAAGGUUAAACUUAAGGUACUAUUUAUACUAUUGGUUAUUAUUAAGU